GAGGUCUUCCUGGUCGACAACGCGGAGCUCAGGACCCCGGACCCCGGGCUCGCGUACCGGCUCAGCAGGCGGAUGGACCACAGGGACUCCUCCGUGUCGCCCGCCGUCUGGGGCACCGCCGUGCGGGGGCUGGACCGGGGCGGCGGCUGGAUCCAGGUGGGCAAGCGCUACCUGCCCGAGCGCGUCGCGGGCGCGCGCGUCCUGGUGAGGCCCCAGGACGCGGCCGCGCUCCUCCUGGCCGGCCUGCAGGGCCCGGCCGCCGCGGGCGCGGGCCGGCAGCAGCGCCAGCUGGUGGCGUGCUCCGACGAGGAGGACGAGCAGGCGAGCUGCCUUCGCGGGGCGCUGCCAGCCAGGCGCGGGGAGCGCCGCUGCACGGACCCCGCGUGCCUGCUGGCCCUCCUGGGCUGCCUCGCGGCCCUGGGCGCCGUCUUCCGGCAGGCGCGCGCCGAGGGCGACCUGGCCAAGCUGACGCGCGGCUUCGACUGGAAGGGCGACAUCUGCGGCGUCGACGCGCCGGUCAGGUUCCAGCCCUUCCUCUACUGGUGCUCCCAGCGGGGCGACGAGGACAUCGCCCUGGUGGACGGCGUCUGCGUGGAGCGCUGCCCGCAGGGCGACGGGAACUCCACGUGGUGCCCUGGUCCUGUGGCCCCCUUCGAGUACCGCACCCCGACCAGCGACGGGAAGGAGCAGGUCAUGAUCGGCAUGGUGCGUAACCUGACCAUGCGGCAGGACUACGCCAGCAGCGAGGCGCUGGGCUACUGCUUCCCCACGGCGAACGCCCCGCUCCUGAGGAGCAUCCUGCACCGAACGCACCUGUCCUCGUUCACCAAGCAGGUCUGGCUCGCCGGCAGCGGGGCCUCCGAGAACUGGCGGUUCCUCCUCUGCGUCGCGGGCGUCUGCGUGGUCAUCGGCUACGCCUUCCUGCUCGUGCUGUGGUGCUUCUUCGACAAGCUGGUCCCGGCGGGCUGGCGCCAGCGCGGCGCCGUCGGAGCCCCCCGCCCCCUGUAA